AUGGGAUGCUGGCGUCACAUCCUGGUGGACGACAUGAUUCCUGUGGAUAAAAAUGGCAGACCUCUUUUACCGUGCACGUCCAACAACUACGAACUAUGGCCGAUGCUUCUCGCCAAAGGAUUGCUCAAGAUUGCUUCGUUAUCUUGGACCAGACACCACGAGAUCGUCGAUUUCCAUCCAGUCGCUUGCCUCACAGGCUGGACGUGCUUGACAAUUAACGUCGCGCAUCUAUCGUUGCAAGACAAGUGGGAUUUCUUAACGAAAUAUUCAGAACAUUUCGAGUGGACACCGCAAACAGCGCAGAAUCACGUUCCAGAAAGUUCAGCGAAUAAGACCGACGAAACAAGGAAACCCAGAGAAACUUCACAGUCGCUCGCCGCCGAAACCGAGAAACCUCAACCUAUCGCGCUGUUCUUUCUCUUAGGCGACACGCGAGCACUCGGAAGCGACGCGAUACCCGGCUUGUCGCCCUGCUGGGAUCAUGUAAUCCACAUCGUCCAGUCGCGCAAUAUUCCUCUAGAUCCCAAAGACGUAAAGCCGCCAUUAGCAAAGUGGAAGUUUCAUCGUUGGCUAAAAUGGGCCGUUGAACAAAAUGUGAUUGAUCCUGCCGACUAUUUCGUUCCGAUUCGUUACUUGAGGCUGAUUAGUUCUCUCAAGGCGUGCAACGAGAGCGUUGUUCGCGAUAGAAGUGACGUUGCAGGAAACUCGAUCUCUUCGAACGAGAUCGAGCGGUCCGAUAAAUUUGCUCGGAGAAGAACGAGAUCUCAGAGAAUAUCAGACUUGCCCACCAUGUCGAAAGAAGUAGCAACGGAAAAUGCCAGUCAAUGGAUCGACUUCAACAAGAUGGCUUCGUACGUAAUGGAGGUGCAUCUGUUCUAUAAGCUGGAGUACUUCCAGUGUUCGAUUGAAAUAACAGGCAACGCAUUGAAGAAAACUAAUGAGAAUCAUAAAGCGGAAGCAGUAAAAGCUGUUUCAAAAGAGAUCGGAAAGGAGAAAGCAGACUCCUAUAACAGUAUAGGCAAGAUUCUAAAAUCCAAAUACAAACCUCUGUAUUUGUUCUGCGAUUCUCCGAGGAAGAAAUUCUUUUUGGUUAGUCUCUGCGCCGCGCUAAAGAAGAAGAAUACCGAUUUGCACGAAAAAGACUAUUUGAUUCUGGAAAAGUACAACUGGUUCUUCAUAUCAGAUCCGUCGAAUCAAUCAAUAACUAUUUCCACAACCGGCAACAAGUCGACCAUUAUGGAACUGGAAGCUGGCAGGCAACUUCUGCGGAUUCACAGUCGUUCGGACUCCGGUCUAACGAUUAUUUCCUCGGACACGGAUUUCCAUCUUGGAGAUCGAGCAACCGUGCAACAGCUGAUGACCACUGAAUCCGACAGAAUCGAGCAACUGUCAAGAGUAAUCAGCGAUAAUCUCUGCAAAGCUUAUCGAUCGUUUGGAACAAAGGAUUACCCAAGAAUGUUGGAAAAUUUUUACCGAAGCUACAUGCCCAGCUUGCAGUUUAUUUCUUCAAGAGAAAAUAAGAAUUUUCGAACACUGAUACACCAUUUCUUCAUGGAAGAACAAGUUUGUUUGAUCAGAGAGAUUGUUCCCGACGAAGAACACAAAGACAUGUUUCACUCUUUAAGGGUAUUUUUCCUAAAUCCGCAUAUUAGAUCAGAAUAUUUUAAUUUAAUGACAAAACAGAAGACUCUUCAAGACUUUAUGGUAGAAAAAACUUCGAGAACAUCACGCAGCAAUAAAAAAGUCUUCGUCUAUGAUCAAGCAGCGACGACGAUUCAAUCUUUCCUCAAGAUGGUUAUCGUAAAGGGAUAUAAACAACUUCACAAUCCUGAUCACGCCCUGCAUACGCAGAUUCGCGAACGGCUUCUGAAGAUAUCCGAUCUAUUUGACUCAUCCCUCGCAAGCCGGUUACUGAGGAACGUUAUCAAUCGACAUAGUAGUCUGCGUGACCUGUAUCCUUGCUCCGAAGACUUCGUACACGUUCUGAAAAUUCAGGAGUUCAGAGACGUCCUGGGAAACGUCAGGCACGAACAGUGGUUCCCGAUUGUCAGGCUCGUAGUUAAUCCUAAGCCUGCGAAGACGAAGGUUCUCGCGGUUUUCGAAUUACUAAUCGAUCUCCCUCGUUUCGCACUGCGUGUCUUCAACAACCAAAAUGGCCGCGAGAUGACACGUCUCGUGAGCCACGUGGUUCCAGCUCAUUACGAGUACCUUCCGGACGGUUACACGGUGUUCGCUUACGGCUGGAGCGACAGACAGCACUUGAAAGAGCUCCAUUGGACGAUUCGCGUGGUUACUAUGAAAGGUGAGCCAAUGUUUUAUCAACUGGGUGAACAACGGCCUUUGUCCUUGGAGACCAAACCACCCAGGCUGAUGGUUGACGAAUUAUUCGGCACAUAUAUCCCGAAUGCGAGAAGUUGUAUUUCGCGAUGGAUACUGCGAACAACUUUGGAGAGAAGCAUCAUUUCGAUAAGAUUGGCAACUUCUUACAACCUGAUAGAGAUCAGAAUAAAAGUCACCGAUGAAGAUGGCAAUAUUUUGGUCGAAGCGAACGGCGGCUCGAUCGUCUUGUUACCCUUAAUAAUCUUAAAGCAUGCUACUAUGAACAAUGAAGAUUACAAGACCGAAAAUAAAAGCCAAGACGUUAACAAAAAGUUCGAAAAUGCAGGGAAGAAAAAAAGUUUGUAUUACAUAGAGGCUUUCGUGCUCAACAACAGUUGGCCUCUCACAGAUGUCGAGUGGACGGUCGCGAGCCAGGCAAAGGCGAAGAAUGAGAGAGAUAUCAAAACAAAGAUACAAUCCGGAAAUAAAGGGUUUUCAAGGUCUGGUUUGUCGAUGACGAAAAAGAACGCAAAACAAUUCGCGAGCGAUGGUCAAGCUUUGGAAACGCCAUAUUGGAUUCUUCAGAUUGUUACUGAUGCUCGGGAUGCUGUAGAGAUCUGUGAAGACAAGAGCAGAGAGCAAGAAAUAGUACUUCUGAAAGAGUCCUGGUGGUCGAAAGACCCAAAUCGACUCGAAUACGGAAAGGAUUUGAGAGAAGCAUUUCUGAAGGCGCACGCCUCGAAAAUUAAACCUGACGCAUCCUCGAAUCGGAACGGGAUACAGCUGAAAUCAAUAGAAGACGAAGACGCGGCGUUUUGUCUGUCGCACGCAAGGCAAUAUAGAACCCUGAAGCCACUGGAAUCUCAUCGCCAUCUGUCUGCUUUGGACCUGACGAGAUACGUGAGAAGAGACGAGAUCGCGAAGCAUUAUCGGAUAAAGACGAAAAGCGACGAUGAAAUACUAAGGAAUCAACAUACCGCCAUCAUCAUUGAUAGUCAGACGAAUUAUUCCGAUUAUUUGAAGAACUUGGGUGAGCUGAUGAACAAGCAACUGCGGAAAUACGUGAAGCGCUUCGAGAAGAAAGAUGAGAAUUUCUGGCAGAGAAGAACUCUCGUGGACGCUGCUUACGAAACGAGAAAGAUCUACGUUAAUAGUUUGAUAGCCGAGAGAGCGAAAACUAAAGCUAAUAAGCAGAAACGUGCAACUUGCCGGCAAGAGCCGAACGAAAUGCUAUUUCAGUAGCUGCUAUCGUCGAGCGCUGUUCUCGAGAGGCACACUUGCUUCGCGUUGAUGACUGUCCACGAUCCACCUUUUAAUGACGCCUCUCUGGCCGUCCGAGAAAGAAAUAACGGCGAUCCGUCCGCCCAUUUUUCAUCCGGGACCAGUCCACGCGGUCUAGCAGGAUUAUUAUGA